GAUGGCGACCCCCAUAGUGAGGGGAUGUCCUCGCGUCUGGAAACUUAGCUGUUAUCCGUUUAAGAAAUGUUAUUCAAACCGCGCUAACUUUCAUCUUUCAGUAGUCUAUAACAACGGGCUUCUUACAUCACUUAACAAACGCGGCGUCUUAAAGGAUUGCUUCCCUGAGGGUGCCGGCCAGGUUCAGCUUCCUCAGCUCCUCCAGUCGGGGUCUCAGACUAUUUACUGUGGCUUUGACCCCACAGCAGAUAGCCUCCACGCGGGGAAUUUACUCGCAAUCAUCGGCCUCCUUCACUUCAGAAAUGCUGGACACAAUGUCAUCGCUCUUAUCGGUGGAGCGACAGCUCAAAUUGGGGACCCGAGCGGCAAAACGACGGAAAGAGAAGCUCUGUCUAGUGAUGUGGUUAAACACAAUGAAAAUGGCAUAAGGGAGAGCUUGCACAGAAUAUUUGCCAACCAUGAACUGUACUAUUGCAGCGACCCCAAGAAACUGGGCACGAUAUCGAUCAUGAACAAUACGAAGUGGUAUAAAGGGUGGAAUGUGGUUACGUUUUUGUCAGACAUAGGCAGACACUUUCGAAUGGGCACCAUGCUAAGCAGACACAGCGUGCAGUCUCGAAUCAAAAGUGCGGAAGGGAUGAGUUUCACAGAGUUCUCUUAUCAGCUUUUCCAAGCCUACGAUUUUUUUCAUCUGCACCAGCUAUGCAACUGUAAGAUUCAACUUGGAGGAACAGACCAAUUGGGCAACUUGAUGACUGGUUAUGAGUUUAUCCAAAAAAAGACUAAUGAAGAUGUAUAUGGACUGACUGUUCCACUCAUAACCACAUCUAUGGGAGACAAGCUGGGGAAGAGUGCAGGAAAUGCAGUAUGGUUGAACAGGAACCGAACAUCCCCCUAUGAACUGUACCAGUAUUUCCUGAGACAGCCAGACAGCAGUUUGGAACGGUAUCUAAGACUUUUCACCUUUCUUCCCCUGGCAGAGGUGGAUAAGGUGAUGGAGGUGCAUUUGCAGGACCCUGGAAAGAGGACUGCUCAGAAACGUCUGGCUGCAGAGGUCACCAAGCUGGUCCAUGGUAAAGACGGCCUCGAGAGUGCAAAAAGGUGCACCAAUGCUCUGUACCAUAGCAACCUGCAGGCACUGGAGCAGAUGAGUGAUUCGGAGCUGCAGGAGCUCUUUAGAGAAGCCCCAUUCAUGGAGCUGCUUCUGGAACCAGGCACCACUGUGCUAGAUGCCUGUCGCCACAUGCAAGCCAUUCCAGAUGGACCCAGAGGGUAUCGCAUGGUUCGAGAUGGAGGUGUAUGGAUCAACCAUCAACGCACUGACAGUCCAGAGCAGGUGCUCACUCCAGGCCUCCACAUCCUGACCAACGGCCUUACACUCAUCCGAGUAGGCAAGAAAAACUUCUACAUCCUCAAGUGGCUAAACCUUUGAAACCAAACGCAGCCACCAGCCAUCCCUGGGAUGUAAAAGCCCUUUUGAUGAAACCCUGAGGUGAAACAGCAACCCACACCCUUUAUCUGAAUUAUGUUUGCCAUAGAUACAGAAAACACCUUGAAUGAGGACUUGCUUCAGUCUGUGGUAGAAAAUGCUGUUCAGGUUUAAAAUAUACUGUGUGGUGAUGAGAGGUUACAAUGUGCCUACAGUUGACAAUAUGUACUGUUUAAAUGUACUUUGACUGCACCUGACUGGAAAUAAAUUGGGAGCAAUGACAGAAGAA